AUGACGAGAAAUCCAGACAUACUAUUUAUAACUGAAUAUAUCAAGAACGUACUUUAUUUCGCCACAGUAAGACAAGGAAGGCAUCUCAAAAGCACAGCUGAUACGCAUUAUUUCUGCAUCGACAACCAGUUGAUUUAUGAAAAUUAUUAUUCAGAUUUUGGCCCUUUAAAUAUAGGAUGUGUAUACAAAUACUGCAAGCUUCUUAAUGAUAAAAUAAAAGAAUUCCUGAAUAAACAACUCAUUGUUCAUUAUACUUCUAUUGAUCCCAAGAAAAAAGCGAAUGCUGCAUUUUUAAUUGGAUGUUAUGGAGUCUUAUACUUAAGUCUUACUCCAAAAGACGCCUUGAAACCUCUUGUUAUACAUGGGCAAAAUUACAGGCCAUUUCAAGAUGCUACACAAGGUGAUUCAUGUUACACAAUAUCGCUGAUAGAUUGUCUUCAAGCAUUACUGAAAGCACGUGACUUAGGAUUUUUCAAUUUUCAAGACUUUAACUAUGAGGAGUAUGACAGAUUGGAUAAAAUACAAGGAGGAGAUCUUAACUGGCUGAUACCUGGUAAAUAUCUCGCGUUCAUUGGACCAGUGGAUUACAGUGUAUCACUGUAUCACCCACCUGAAAUGUAUGUCAGUUAUUUUUUAGAAAAUAACGUGAGAAUAGUCAUACGUUUGAAUAAAAAACUUUAUGAUGGAAAUGUUUUCAGCAGUGUAGGCAUAACUCACUACGAUUUAUUCUUUCCCGAUGGAACAUGUCCUCCACGACAUAUUUUAUUAAAAUUUUUACAAAUCAGUGAGGAAUCUUAUGAUGCUAUAGCGGUUCAUUGCAAGGCAGGUCUGGGUCGCACUGGAUCUUUAAUUGGAUGCUAUCUUAUAAAGCACUACCGAAUGACAGCCCGUGAAGCUAUCGCAUGGAUGAGAAUUUGUCGUCCCGGAUCUGUUAUAGGCCAUCAACAAGAUUGGCUUGAACAACUCGAACCGUGGCUGUUGAAACAAGGAAAUUCAUAUAGAAAGCGUAUGUAUGACGAUAUCAAUAAACUUCCGACACACGAAUAUGGCAUCUACUCAAUAGUUGAGAAAAUUCAUAGACAAAAGCCCGUUGUGUUUAAUAAGUCACCAUCACCUCCACCGCCAAUACAAAGAUCAGCCACUCGAUCAGAUUCUUCUUCCUCCACAAGACCUCAUGCGUCUAAAACCAGGGAUGAAAAAAAUGAAAACGAUGACGAAGAAGUUUUUAUUACGUCAUGCGAUUUAACUAUUAGGCCUACACGACCACAGACUCAAUUGAAGGGUUGUGUAAUUAGUACUAUUUGGGAAAAUGAAGAUGAUACAGAAUCUGGAAUAAAUCGAUCUUGUUGGAAGAAGUAUCUCUGUUGUGAGCCUUGUACUAAAGCGUUAAAUGAUGGUCUGUGGAUGUUGGCAGUUCGUUGUACAAAACUAGCGCCAAAGUGGUGUAGCUCUAAUAAAUGUUGCAACUUAUUUGAUAUGGCAGUUGCUAAUAAGACGCCCGAGAAGAAAUUUGACUGGAACGUGAAAGUUAAUACUCAAAAAGUAACACAAAAAGGAGACACCGCUGGAUCAAAAAUACGUCGCGGCAGUGGUGCAGGGGAGCCGCGUGGUUCACGUCCUUUAACCCGCGCCAACACUCCCAAAUUUCAAGAAAAAACUAGUACUAAGACGAUUGAUUCUAAUAAAAAUACGACUACAUACGGUCCCUUGCCUACAUUCCGGACAUCAGAAGGUCCAAUAUUUAAAAACGUGGCUGAUGCUAAGAACUUUUUGAUGCGAAGCAGCUUGUUUAACGAACAGAAAAGCAAACAUUUGACGUCUACGUUAACAGUUACACCACAAUAUUCGUACAAAUUUUCUAAAUUAGAAAACGAGAAGUUGGGCUUUAGCCAUUUAAGGAAACCUUCACCACCACCUACUGCAACCAAGUUUUCAACUCCGUUUAGACGGCAACUUGGACGCAGCCCUAGCCCAUCACCAACUCGACAUGCAACUGAACAAUCACGAGCUACCAACACUCCAACCCCUUCUACAACUGACAAGUUUAUGGCUAGGGAUUCAAAAGUCGCUCUGCGAGAAGCCUUAUCCAGAUUGAAAUUGGCUGGUCCCAGAGAUGGAUCAAUUGGAGCAGCAUCAUUGGGUGCGAGACGAGACGCGCCACCCGCUAGACGAGCGCCAUCCGUUCGCUCAGAUGAAAGACCAACCGCUACACAAGGAGAUAUGUUGAACUGUAUUAAGUUCCAGAGAAGAUUUCGUGAAAUGGAUAAAACGACGAUUCUCGAUAAACCAAGUUUGACACCAAAAGAGGCAAGUAUACGAAUCGUCAACUCGAGAGCUAGCACUAUGGCCACUAGAGGACAUACACAAGAUUUGGGGAGAUCGCCCGAUCGUCAAACUGCAACUCGAAAUUGUUCAAAUCCACGCCCCUCGUCCCCAAAGGGCCGAAGGACGCAAAACACAUACUUUGACAGUCGAAAAAAUAUUUAA